UCUUCGGCUCUACUCGUGACAGGAUAUCCCAGCGAACCCAACAAUUUGCCACUCCCCCCCACCAGCGCAUUCACACCGCAGCCACCGCCACUUCACCAAAAGCAGCAUGCAGCGUUCUAACUCUACCGCUUCCUCCACUGUCUCUCUAGUUCCCCGUCACAGCGACGCGGGCAUACUGAAAGCGAAAGACUACUCCGCCGCCUUUGCAACGCUUCAGGAAUCGUACGGCAUCGGAUUUUGUGGUAGUCCAUUUAACCGUAACGCCUCGAGCGAGGGCUCGAGGAGUCAACCAUCAUCAGCGCGUCCGAGGAAAUUUAACUUCUUUUCACGCUUGCGCUUCACCUCUCCCUCAGCUGACAGUGAUGCUUCCGCUUCAGAGCACACCGUGACGGAUACAACGAGCAGGGCUGCUGCAAAGAGCCAUGAGGCAGCCCUCCCCAACCUCUCUUCGUCUUACGGUAUUCCCAGUGCUCUUGCGACACACAAAUUAGCUCCCAAAUGCGCCACUUCUCAAUCCAUUACUGCAUCCCACUCACACCCUGCUGCUCAAUUGCAGGUUAGCUAUGGUCUCCCUUCAAUGACAUCCUUUCCACGACUAUAAGUCACUUUGGAAACGGAGUCCUAUGGAAUAGUAGCCAGGACAACAGUGGGGGCACUUUGACUCGCCGAUUCAGUCUGGUCACUUUCAACACUCUUCCCU